CGUGGUGGGCGCGUCCUGGUAGCCGCCCGCCUGGUUCUCGCGGGAUCCGGGCCCCGGCUCGACGCCGGCUCUCUUUUUGACGCCCCGCCGCCGGGGUUGCCAUGGUUCAUUUGUUGCACCCGGGCCACACGCCCCGGAACAUCGUCCCUCCUGACGCUCAGAAGGAUGCCCUGGGCUGCUGCGUGGUACAGGUGAGCACCGGGGUGCGGGCGGCGACGCGGACCUCGGCGCCACGUCCAGCUCCGGCGAGCGCGGCGAGUCUCCUGGGACGCUGCCGAGGCACUUGCUGGGGAGUGUGGCCCGCGCGGGGCUGCGGUCUAGAUGCCGAGCCCCUUCCAGGCGCAGGCGUCGCCGCGGAGGAAGAGGCAUCUCCCUACACUUUGGUCAACAUCUGCCUGAAUGUCCUGAUUGCUAACCUGGAGAAAUUGUGUUCUGAAAGACCUGAUGGAACACUGUGCCUUCCGGAGCAUUGGAGUUUCCCUCAGGAAGUAGCCGAUCGAUUUCUCAGGGUGAUGACUUGGCAAGGCAAGCUGACUGACAGAACAGCAAGCAUUUUCCGAGGCAACCAAAUGAAACUGAAGCUGGUCAAUAUCCAAAAAGCUAAAAUCUCUACAGCUGCAUUCAUAAAAGCCUUCUGCCGUCAUAAGCUCAUUGAACUGAAUGCUACUGCAGUGCACGCUGACCUCCCAGUUCCAGACAUCAUAAGUGGACUCUGCAGCAAUAGGUGGAUCCAGCAAAACCUCCAGUGUCUCCUGUUAGACUCGACAAGCAUCCCUCAAAAUUCAAGAUUACUCUUCUUUAGUCAGCUCACUGGUCUUCGUAUUUUAAGUGUUUUUAAUGUUUGUUUUCAUACUGAAGACCUGGCUGAUGUUUCUCAGUUACCAAGACUGGAAAGCUUAGAUAUCUCUAAUACUCUCGUCACUGAUAUUUCUGCACUGCUUACCUGUAAGGAUCGAUUGAAGUCUCUCACAAUGCACUAUCUGAAAUGCCUGGCCAUGACCAAACCACAAAUUCUUGCAGUCAUUAGAGAACUUAAAUGUCUGCUUCACCUUGAUAUUUCUGAUCACAGGCAACUCAAAUCAGACCUAGCUUUUCAUUUGCUACAGCAGAAGGAUAUCCUGCCCAAUGUUGUGUCAUUGGAUAUUUCUGGGGGCAAUUGCAUCACUGAUGAAGCUGUAGAACUGUUUAUACGACAGCGGCCUGCCAUGCAAUUUGUGGGACUAUUGGCCACGGAUGCUGGCUCUUCUGACUUCUUUACUACAAAGCAAGGCUUGAGGGUUGCUGGAGGAGCCAGUAUGAGUCAGAUUUCAGAAGCACUGAGCCGAUACAGGAACAGAUCAUGUUUUAUGAAGGAAGCCCUCCACAGGCUGUUCACAGAGACAUUUUCAAUGGAGGUAACCAUGCCUGCUAUUUUAAAGCUUGUGGCUAUAGGAAUGAGGAAUCACCCGUUGGAUUUGCGAGUGCAGUUCACAGCCAGUGCUUGCGCUCUCAACCUAACACGCCAGGGCCUGGCCAAGGGGAUGCCUGUUCGCCUGUUGUCAGAGGUCACCUGUCUACUUUUCAAGGCUCUGAAAAAUUUCCCCCAUUACCAGCAGUUACAGAAGAAUUGUCUUCUCUCCUUAACCAAUUCCAGGAUUCUUGUGGAUGUUCCAUUUGACAGGUUUGAUGCUGCCAAAUUUGUCAUGAGAUGGCUCUGUAAGCAUGAAAACCCCAAGAUGCAAACAAUGGCAGUGAGUGUCACCUCUAUUCUGGCUCUGCAGCUCUCACCUGAGCAAACGGCACAGCUUGAAGAGCUUUUCAUGGCAGUUAAGGAACUUCUAGCAAUAGUAAAACAAAAGACUACUGAGAAUUUAGAUGAUGCCACCUUCUUGUUUACUUUGAAAGCACUUUGGAAUCUUACAGAUGGGUCUCCAGCUGCCUGCAAGCACUUCAUUGAAAAUCAAGGAUUGCAAAUCUUCAUCCAAGUCUUGGAGACCUUUUCAGAGUCAGCAAUACAAAGCAAAGUACUUGGUCUUUUGAACAACAUAGCAGAAGUCAGAGAGCUCUCUUCCAAGCUGGUGACCGAAGAUGUGCUGAAGCAUAUCAACAGUUUACUCUGUAGCAGGGAAAUGGAAGUCAGCUAUUUUGCUGCAGGUAUCAUAGCCCACCUGACAUCUGACAGACAGCUUUGGAUAUCCCGUGACUUCCAGAGGCGUACUCUUCUCCAAGAUCUGCGUGCAACCAUACAGAAUUGGCCAAGUUCAAGUUGUAAGAUGACAGCAUUGGUGACCUAUAGAUCUUUCAAGACAUUUUUCCCGCUCCUUGGCAACUUCUCUCAACCAGAGGUUCAGCUCUGGGCACUAUGGGCUAUGUAUCAUGUCUGCAGUAAAAAUCGUGAGGAAGCUGAGGCCCAGAGCAUUUAAACAAUUUGUCCACGGUUAUACAGCAAGUAACUGGCAGAGACUGGGAUCUGCAGUCUGACUCCUGACACGUGUUCAACCAAUGUCAGAGUUUAUUUAUUACCUCUGUUGUUCACAGGAAGAAACUAGGGGUAUCUUAAAAUCUUCUGACAUCUCUAAUGAGUGCCUGAUAACUGAGAGAGGUCAGGGGCUGAGAGCCAAUGAUACCAAGACUCAGAGAGAUCUAAUUUAAUUCUUUAUCAUUCAAGUAGAGAGACAGGCAUUUUCCAAAGCAAACCCAACCCUCGUGAUUAUUUCUAGCCAGGGUGAAGCUAAGGAAGGUAGCAGUAGGUGGUAGGAUCAGCACCUUGGUUCCAGGCAUCAUGCCAGUCAUUUUAUUUCCAUCAUCAUCCUUGUGAAGAAAUGGAAGUCUGGAGAGGUGAAAUGAUGAAGGCAAUCCGGCCACAAAUCUUCCUUCUGGAUCCUGCUCUUCAGGGCAUGCAUCUCCCAUGCUGAAGGUUAAAAUGGGGGUCAUUUGCCAACAAAUUUGGGAGUCCGCUUCUCCCUGAAGGCUGCCAUGCCCUCUAGCCGGUCCCGGGUUGGAAUAUUCUGCAACAAGAUACAAAAUAUUAGUUUUGGGGGAGCAGGGCCAGAGGCCCAAAAAGAGUUGCUUAAGCUUGUCCAGCCCAAGACAAAGCCAGGGUCCAAGUGUUUCCAUUGUCUCUGGACUCUGAUCUUGAGGCAUGCAAAGGUAUAAGCCUCCGUGGCUGCUUUGUCUCCUGGGGAAGACAGGCCAGCCUUUGUAUUCUCUGUGCCCCAUCAGCAUUAGCCUCCACUUGCACACUGCCUUCAUGCCUCCUGAGAACUCAGCUGCCGUCUGCAGUGGUCUGACAUGAGGCUGCUCAGUAGAGAAAAAAAUUCUUUGCAGUAAGAAAUCUGGCUUUGAAUCCAGGUUCACACUAGUUUCUCCAAGUCCCAGGACCCCUUAGGAGUAUUUUGGAUAUCUGUUAACCUGGAGAUUAGCAUUUUUUACUCACCCAUGAGUAAGAGAUUUAAUAGGUCAGUCCCAAGUGUACAGCCCCUACAUUGAACACAGCCUGCAGGCUACAACCAAGCCCUUGACCUCCCAACUCCAUCCUGAACUUUACAGUGGCAACUGAUACAGAGGCAAAAGAUGUGGUUCUUCCUCUUAAGGACCUGUGUUCUGUGAUUCUCGGCAUUAAGUGGGCAGGAUGAACCCCAGUACAUUAGAUGGUUGAGGGAAAAGUCUCAGAGAGAAGCACUGUGGCUCUCCUCAAGCCACUCCAGGUGACUUAUGAGGGACAAUGGAUGCGGUCAGACUGUUUGUGUUGAGAGGAACCUUCUAAAUUGGUCAUGUACCAUACAAAGUCCCUCUAGCCUGGCCCCGCCUAUGUUAACAAGCAGGCAUGGGCUGGUUGCUACAUACCUGGGCAUAGCACAUCCCUUCAAUGGCCAUCCCGGAUGCAAUGUCCACCUGCAAGAAAGACGUGCUCCCUGGAUUGGUCUGACCUUGUCCAUCUUCACCCACACUGGAAGCCAGCCCACCCUAUUGCCUACAGACAUCUAUAUGAGCAGAGAUAGCUAUGAGAAGGAAUUUCCCUCCUAGAGAAGAAACACCAUUCGUAACUAUGACAAAACUGCUGGGAGAAACAAGAGACAGACUGAGACAUUUUGCCAGAGAAGAGGAGUUCUCCUUCCCAUCUGGCUGCCUCACCACGCUUCCUGUCACCCAUUAAUUCCUGAACCUUUAUGACCUGGGCCCUGGCAAUUGCUCCAGCCUCUAGGGCCCACUGAUUGGCACUUAAAAGCCUCAUUCUAAGAGAAGUA